AUGAUAGCGGCUGCGAGCGCAUCUUACGGCGCGGCGCCUUCCUAUUCAACUUCCAAGAAGCAACAGGAAGACGAGGAACAGCCUUCGGCAGGGGUCAAGAACAUGCUCAAUCGAGUCCUCAAUCGACGUCUUAGUUCAUAUAACAUCAACAAGAAGUCCGCGCCGGUGGCUCAAGCUGAACCGACCCCGCCGCCCUCCCGUCAGCAGCAGCAACCACCCAUGCAGAUGCCGAUGCCGAUGCAACCGUCGAUACGACAUCGUCCACAACUCCACAAUCCCCAGAACACCCUUCGCGCGACGUCAACCCCUGUCAACAUUCUCCAGAACCAGGGUCACAUCGACAACGGUCACGUCGUUGCACCGCUGCCAGGGUUGGACGAGAACUCGCAGCUGCAGCUGCCACCGACCACACGGCGUCCCUCGACUGCCCCGGGGGUUAAAAUUGCAGCGUCGGCCAACGGCACUACGUCGUCAACCGCUGCACGGCCUGCGACAGAAGGGACAGGGCUGUUUGGCCGCUUGGUCCGACGGCGGCCGACUCCCAAGGAGAGGGAUACCGAGAACCAUAAGAAGCCGGGGAAUUCCGCCAGCAUCGGCGACAAUACGAAUGAACCCUCCGGAGUCGACGACCGAAAUAGAAGCUCAACUGACCCGGUCCCAGUGAUGAAUGAGACCAUGGAACAUUACCAGAUGCAGCCACAGUCUCUGCCGCUGAACCCGUCGUUACACAAGACACAUGACGCACUAAGCAGUACUCCCAGGAGUGAGACCGUCUCGGAUGCGCGAACGACGUCAAAGUCGUCUGUACCGCGAUUCCUACGACAAGUGACAAAACCCCGGCAAGCAUCUGAAGCCAUGACCCAAACGGCCUCUCUCCAGAAGUCCAAGCCCCAGUCCCACUUGCGACCUUCCCGGCAGCCGGCGCCGUCCUCGACCACGCAAACUAAACUGCGUUCCAAACGCAGCUUUGGUAAGCGUUUCUGGUCGAGACCCGGCGCCAACGACUUUGACGAAGAUGAUGACCAGGUGGUCAAGACCGAGGCACCGCCAGUGCCAUCAGUGCAUCCAACGGUCUAUGUACCAAAACACGCGGCGGCGGACUUUUCGCGCACCAUCAACCCACGCCUCAACCGCCAAAGCCUCGUCGUUAGCGACAACCAGGUGAAUGACCUACGCCCAACGACUGCCGAUGCACGAGAGGGCGAGCCAGAGAUCCAGCCGAAGCAACGGGCGCUAGCGAGUGCAACGAUCGACAAGCACAUGGCGAGGGACCUGUCCAUGUCCAAGUAUGAGGCGCCGUCUCCUAUGGAACUGCACCGUCGCCUCGAAAUCCUCAAAAGGAGCGAGGCUGAAGCGGUGGCUAAGACUCUCAACCCAUGGCAGCAUCAGCUCAAUCUGUUGCAGACCAAUGCAAACACUUCAGUUUCCAACACGAAGGCACCCAUUCUGAAAGGCCCCUCUCGCUCAAUAUCUUCCCGUCGGCACAGCUUCAGCCUCAUUUCCGACCCUCACGCGAGAGAACUCACACCACCUAGGUCAGCUUCGCCGGUCGAGACGGAAGCACCAAUCGAACCUUCCAGCCAGAUGCCGCAGCAAACGGUCUCUGCAGUACCGCCCGGUGCCACGUCCUCUCACGACCAUACUAAUCAAACUCGACAAGACGGCCCUGCCAAACAAGCUACCGCCAGGCAGAUGACAGACUUUGAACGAUUCUUGGCAGAAGCAGAAGCGGCGGAGCGCGAGCGCCAGGCCCAGAUGUGGCGCAAUCUUGCUCGCCGGUCCGGUCAUUAUGGUUAUAGCGACAACCCCUGGAAUCCCGCCCGUCCAGUCGACCCUUCUCUCGCAGGCCCCACUGCCGCGAAUGCAGCGGCGACUUGGAACAACAAGCGGAACAGUGCGCAGUACACGGUCAACAAGCGGGCGAGUAUGAUGUCGGAUUUCUACGGGCCGCCAACCGGCACAUACGGCCCCAGUGGCGACGAUGCAGAUGCCACGCGAGGCCUGGGGCGUCAAGGAAGCGUCUCGAAGCGCAUCUCGCACUACAUCAAGCCGCCAAAGCCGUCUGCCCAGCCCACGUACGAGGACUGGCCGACUGGGCGGGCCAACCGGAGAAGCGCCAUCGUGGGCGCGAUCGGAGAGUAG